AUGACCAUUAAAGAAAGAGUCAAGAGAGUAUCCAAAAUCUUUCACACGGAAUCAAAAGAAUCAUUAGACAAGCAGAUUGCAGCUGCUGGCGAAGACAAGGAUGCAACCAUCACUGACGCACCUGCUAGUGACACUAUAGAAGCUACCAAUGCUGAUGCUGAAGCUGAUGCUGAAGCUGAUGUUGCUGUUAAUGCACCAACUGCUGCUGAAAAUAAUAACACUACUACUAUUACAGAUGCAGCUGAUAUCCCUGAACCAACUAUAAAUGCUACUGAAGGAGAAGUCAAGGAAGUUGAAGUUAAAGAAGAAAAAGCAGAAGAAGCAGCAGCACCCGUUGCAGUCACUGCAGCAGAACCUGCUGCUGCGCCAGCUGCACCAGAAGCAACUGCUACAGAAACUGAAGCAACUGCCACUGUCCCAGAAGCAACUGCUACAGAAACUGAAGCUCAAGUGACUCAAGCAACUGCUACUGAGCCAGGUCAAGCUCAAGCAGAAGCAGAAGCAGAAGACACUGGCGCAGCUCAAGCUCAAGCUCAAGCAGAAGAUUCCAACAAAGCAACUGCCACAGAAUCAACUCCUGCGGUUGUGGAAAAGGUUAGCAGAAAGCAUGACUUUUUCAGAAAAUUGUACUCGAAAUUUAGAAAACCAGUGGUUGCCAAAACUUAG